AUGGCUGCAUCAACUGUGCGUGAAGGCACCGUCGCCUUCACCUUCCCGACCUUGCCCUCUGCCGCCCAGACGUGGUAUCGCGUCUACGGCCAGCUGGACCCGAGCAAUCCCUCCGUCGUGCCGCUGGUCGUGCUCCAUGGCGGACCGGGCGUCCCUCACAACUACAUGGUGCCUCUGGCCGAUCUGGCCACCAGAUUCGGCAUCCCCGUCAUCCUGUACGAUCAGAUCGGGAACGGGCUCUCGACGCACUACCCCGAGAAGAAGGGCGACGAGGCAUUCUGGACGAUCGACAUGUUCGUCGCCGAGUUGGAGAACCUGCUGCAGCAUCUGGGCAUUUCGGGCCGAUUCGACCUGCUGGGACACUCUUGGGGCGGCAUGUUGGCUGCCGAAUUCGUCAUCCGCCGGCAACCGGCCGGUCUCCGCCGUCUCGUCGUGUCCGACUCGCCGGCCGACCUGGGACACUGGAUCGAGGCCGUGAAUAAACUGCGGGAGACGCUGCCGGCUGAUGUCCAGGAAGUGUUGAAGAAGUGCGAGGAGGAGGGGCGGACCGACUCGGAGGAGUACGAGCAGGCGACAAUGGCCUUUCUGACUCGCUUCGUGUGUCGUCUGGAUCCGUGGCCGCAGGAGCUGCUGGCCAGCCUGGAGUGGACGACGAAGAAGGAUCCGACGGUGUAUUUGACCAUGCUUGGCCCAUCCGAAUUUUACAUUGUCGGCUCGUUGAAGAACUGGAGCAUCCUCGACUCGCUGCACAAGAUCAAGACGCCGACUCUGCUGAUCAACGGGCGGUACGACGAGGCGCAGGACAGCGUCGUGGAGCCAUUCUUCCGGGCUCUUGACCAGGCGACAUGGGUCAGUUUUGUGGAGAGCGCGCACAUGCCAAUGUGGGAGGAGCGCGAGCGGUAUAUUGAGGUGUUAAUAAGAAUGACUUUGCUGUUUCCCUUAGGGUGCUAUAUCUACUCUUUUAUUUCUUUUUCCCAGGGACAACGCAGCUGGUUUAGCAGGAUGAUAGUGAUUAUUUGCAAGAAGAUUAUUCGUCGUGCUAUCUUGUCACAUUAUUCUCCUGUGAUGCUCCAGUUUGUCUUUCAGAGUGGUCGCACCUGCUCGCAGCAGUGUUACGAGGUUGUUGAGCUUCUCUUUGAGCCGGGCAGUUUUGGACACAGGCAGCUUCCUGGGAUUAUGGCAACAACUAGGCACUGA